CAGAUUUCUGGAAGAUAGCGUUUUAUCGGAAAAGUUAAUACAAAAAGGUGAUAUAUAAAAUUAGCUAAUGAUGCUGGCAUCGAUUUUGACGGUUUUCAUACUAAUCGCGCUGACCUUAUCUGUCAUCGCUGUUGAAAUAAGGUAUUCAGAUAGGUUCUCUACAUACAAUCGGUGGAAUGAGACAGAAUCCGUAAUUCACAAUGGUCCUUUUUCGGAGCUCGCGAACAAAACAACGAUCCGAAUUGAUAAUGGCAGUUUAUCAGAUGCAAAUUUCGGCUUACUUCAAAAUUUUCGAACAAAAAGUUUGAUUAUUUUUGGCGGAAGAAUGCGAGAGAUAACUUUGGCACCCUCCGUUAAAUAUCUGCAUGCGAUACAUUCCGCAACAGUAGAUCUACUAAUACAACCACGCGCGAUAAGUUAUCAAAUCGAGGAGCUAAGAAUAUAUAAUAGUAUGCUUACAAUGCUACCGAAAAAUUUACAUCGUCUACUGUCUCUAAAAGUAUUGAAUUUAAGUUUCAAUUCUAUUGAAUCAAUAGAUAUGACUCAAUUGGAAUCUCUGGAGCAUUUGAGAGAACUUUCUCUUUUUGGCAACGGCUUGAAAACGAUACAAACCACAUCAGUAAUAAGUUUGCCCGUGCUACGACUGGUUGAUCUGCAUUAUAAUAAAUUAGCUCAACUGGAUGUCUAUUUGUGGUAUAUACCUGCUUUGGAAACUUUGGAUUUGGUUGAAAAAAAUAAGUUAGUUUACGUCAAAAAUUUAGACUCUCAGUUUCCAAAGCUGCGAAGUUUCGAAAUAAGUAAAAACCCACUUGACUGUAUUUGGAAGGAUACAAUGCUGCAAAACAUGCGACUAGCUAACGUAAUCAUUGGUGAUUUAGAUGAAGUGUCUUGCGACACCAAAAGCAAAAGUCGAAUUUCGGAAACAACAUGUUCUGCACUAUCUAGAUCAGUAAAUAGGCAGCUAGAAAUAUUUCAGAAUGCGAAAAACAACUUCGAAGCUCAACUUAAAGAACAAAAUGAAAUAAUUGCAAACCAAACAAAAGUUUUGCAAGCAAUCGAGAAGCGCAUUGAUUAUCACCAAAUUAAAAGUUUCAAAUGAUGGUGAGACAGGAAAAAGUUUUGCAAAUAACGCAAAUCGAAAAGCUUCAUAUUUUAUUCUGAAAUUAUUUUAAAAAGCUUUGAUAUUUUUUAAAGUUUUGUAAUGUAAACUACAGGUAAAUAGUCAAAGCAGUAUAUGGAUUAACUUAAGAAAUACAUUAUUCUUCUCAGUUUAUUAACCUCGUGUUUUUUUUAAACGGUCUUAAAAGUUCUAGAAGGUGGUUAGCGGUACUCCUCUCGUUCUACUGUACAGGAAGUAAUUGUUGUC